AUGAAAUUAGCUUCUUCCAGUCAGCAAAACACUUAUAAUGCUGUGUCAUCCGUGAUUACCCCUUCAUCAUCAUUGUCCUCAUCGCAGUCUUCAGCUUUGAUGUCAGCAUCUUGGUUGUCAUCCAUGUCUUCCUCUUCUGCAUUUGAUGAUCUCAGUCACAGUUUCAGUUUGGGCUCCAGGUACUCCCAGGAAAAGGAAGACAUGGGUAGCUGUGCAUUGACAGAGCUG